AUGCGCGGCAAACGCUCAAAGCAGUACCGCAAGCUCAUGCACCAGUAUGAGCUUUCCUUCAACUUCCGUGUCCCCUACCAGGUCUUGAUCGAUGCCGACAUGAUCAAGGACACUUUUCGCUUCAAGAUGAACCUUCCUCUUUUCCUCGAACGCACUCUCCACGGCCAGGUCAAGCCCAUGAUCACACAAUGCUCGAUACGCCAUCUUUACACCGCCGAAGGUCCCGAUGCCGCUGCAAAAAAUGCUUGGAUCGAUACCGCAAAGUCCUUCGAGCGCCGUCGCUGCAACCACCACACUCUCGAGGAACCCUUGUCCACUCUGGAAUGUCUAAAGUCUGUCGUCGACCCCAAAGACAGCGGCACAAACAAAAACCGCUACGUCGUCGCCAGUCAGGACCAAAAAGUCAGAUCCGCCAUGCGCAAAAUCACCGGUGUACCGCUCAUCUACGUCAACCGAAGUGUCAUGAUCAUGGAACCUAUGGCAACACAGACUGAAGAGUUUAGAGAGGCUGAAGAGAUGGGCAAGGUCAGAGCUGGCUUGAAGGGCAGAAGAGGUGCCGCUCCCGAGCAGGCUCUGAAGCGCAAG